UGUGCUUGUUGCAUGAAGUAGCGGCAGCAGCAGGAGUAGUACAAGAGCCGCAGCUUGUGCUGACGCUUGUUUGUGUUUGUGCCGCAUUCGAGCCUCCUCAGACCUCUCCUGGGACUUGACUUCACUUUCUGACCUCACAAACAAGCUGACCUGGAUUUGAAUGCCUCGUUUGUUCCACUUUUGUCUCCUGCCUUGACCGAUCUCUUCACGUGAAUCUGAGGCGAGCAAUCAGGUAGUGUUGCUGAGGAGAGCGAUGGCGUCCGACGCGAGUCGACCUACGGGUUGCGGUCCGGAAGUGUCGUCCCUCUAUUUCAAGCUGUGCGACCUGGAGGCGGCGUGGGGCGUGGUCCUGGAGGCCUUGGCGUCGGCCGGCGCGGUCGUCAGCCUGGUUCUGUUCAUGGUGCUGCUCGCCAACGUGCCCUUCGUGAGGGACCGCAACCGUAGGAACGCGGUGGCCCUGCACGCCAUCUUCCUGGCGUGCGCGGCCGGCCUCUUCGGCCUGACCUUUGCCUUCAUCGUGGGGAAGAACUUUUCCACCUGCGCCUCGCGCCGCUUCCUGUUCGGCGUUCUCUUCGCCGGCUGUUUCUCGUGCCUCCUCGUUCAAGCCGUGCGGCUCAAUGCCCUCGCCAGGACCAACCGCGCCCCGCGGGCGGGGAGCUCGUGCCUCGCCGCCUUGGCUCUGUGGUCGGUGGAGGUGCUCAUCAACGCCGAGUGGCUGAUCAUCACGGUGGUGCGCCACCCGCUGGGGCCGGACAACUCGGCGGUCGAUGGCGACGUGGCGGCGGCUGUGCCUUGCAACAUAGCGAACGCCGACUUCGUCAUGGCGCUGAUCUACGUGAUGGCGCUCCUCGUUUCCGCCCUGGGCGCAGGCCUGGGCGUCAUGGCGGGAAAACACAAGCAGUGGAAGAGGGAAGGCGCCCUCAUCGUGGCGUGCACCCUCCUCUCCGCUGGGAUCUGGGGGGCGUGGAUCGCCAUGUACGUCCACGGGAAUCGAGCCCAGGGCAACGGCGGGCCUCGUUGGGACGACCCCACGCUGGCCGUCGCCCUGGUGACCAACGGCUGGGUCUUCCUGGCGCUGGUCACCAUCCCUCAAGUGUGCUGCUCGGCCGGGGACGGAGACGGUGACCUCGUCUUUAGGGAGGACGCUUACUCGGGCUCUGCCGUCAGCUACGAGAACAUCCUCAAGGAGCAGCAGAACUCUCGCAGUGUCUUCGCCGGCAACAUUGAGAACAAAGCCUUCACCAUGGACGAACCCGCACAAGGCGGCACGGUGGUGUCCCCGUACAGCGGCUACAUGGGUCAGCUGAGGAGUUGCGUGUACCAGCCCACCGAGCUGGCGCUCAUCACCAAAGCCCGCGUGGCGUCUAAUCCUCCGGAAGCACCCUACGAUUCCACCAUUCCCAGAGCAUCGGCCCACUCUACAGCCGGCAGCGGAGACCUGCACGCCGCAAACCUCACGGAUGCGACGGAUACAGUCAACAUGGCUCACGGAAACGGAAGCAGCGCACAACACAGGACGCCCGAGUGGUGACGGCGGCGGUCGUCCUCCGAAUUGAAUCCGCUGAUGAUGCAAAAACAAAAACAAGACGCGAAAGAACAUGCAAGUCGGCGACAUUAGACCAAAAGUACACAACUCUGCACCGCACAAAAGUACACUACCACGCUGCUUUUAGAUUGUACUACCGUCCACAACACAACAUGGCACUGAAUUGGGCUAAGGCCGCGCUAUAAAUCUCAACGCGACGAGAAAGGACACGACACACUAGACUAGCCAAAGGUUCUUUUUCCAUGUCAUGUGACCAAAGAGAUGUAAAUAUGUUUGAAUGCUUCCACAUGGAAACACGCUGUGAAUGUGUAUGUGUAAUUAUAUCGAAUCGAACUUGGACCACGGCGUCUCUUUCAUCGUACAUAUUUCUUGGCUUCAUUUAUUUGUGCUCAUUUCCUGUCGUGCGCAAAGCCCGACGGGAGCCGGAGUCCGCCCGCCCGCCCGCCGUCGGCCUUCGAAGGGGAGGACGUACAUCCCGCCGGUGGAAACGGGUCGAGGUCAUCGGAGGGCGUUUGAUGGCGUGCGUGCGUGCCAUCGUCGGCAAACUCGCUCGCUCUUCUGUGUUUUUGUGCACGCGUUUCGUGACCAAAAGCUUUUGUUUUGCAAAGACACAAGUACUUUAAAGAUAGUUCAAUCAUUCUCCUCUC